AUGGCGACUGUUGAGAUGGCGGUGAAUUCAGGUGCUAGACUGUGGACACCUUUCAAAGAGCUGUAUGAUGCUGUAGACACUGUACUGCUGAAAAAGCAGAUGGAAUCCUUACAUGACUUGGAAGUCAUACUUCGCCGUCACAAACCGGAUUUUCUUACUCUCUUGAAGUCACCAGAAAAGAACCCUUUGCAAAGAGAAAUGGUGAAAAAAGCCACAAAAGAAGGAUUACCUGUGUAUGCAGAGCAGAGAACACAGACACUAUCUCAAGACUUUAUUGAUGAAGCUUUAAUUUUUAGUGACUUGUUCAAUGUCAAUGAGUUUGCUGCUGUAGAAUUUUUGCUUGCUGGUCAAAAUCAGCAGCCAAACUACCCUGGCCUGGGUCGUGGUUUAGUAGCAGUCCUUCUAUAUUAUGAUGGUCAAAGAGCGUUAGUGAACUCUCUUCAUGUCCUCCUACAAGCUCGUGAUGGACGAAUGUGGACAAUGGGCAAUAGCCAAGAAGUCACAAAUCUUAUAACGAGUUAUACUGAUCAACUCAUUGAUGAUGGUCUUGUUGGAAAAAUAUUAGAUCUUGUCAAAAAUAUGGACUUGGAUAAAGAAGUAGAAAAACUUGAGAAGGAACGUGCACUUGGCCCACCAAAACACAGAAAACAGGUAGUUGACUUAUACAAAGAGAUACGUUUAUCUCUAACUGAGUGCAUUUUUUCUAUGGCUGCUCAACACCCUCUGAAUGAAGCUGAUACUUUACGCUUGAUUGCUUUCCUAAGAGAGGAUUGCAAAUGGAACCCUGAUGGCACAUUGGAACCAGCAUCGCUUUGUGUUCUCAUGACCCUGUUGUAUUGUUUUGAUAACAGACUUCUGGAACAUGAAGAUAAAGAAGAUAUCAUCCAAAACUUGCCCAUGAUUAAUAAUGAAAAAUACAUUCGAAGUAUUCAUCAAAUCCUUGUAUUAGACCAACAGUGGAGUCACCCAGAGAUCAAAGCCGUGGCUUGUUUUGCUUGGGCUUUAAGUCUGCGUCAGUUGUACAUCUCCCAACAUCCCUGUGCACCAGGAAUAAAUGAAUUUUGUGAAGAAGAUGAAAACAUUGUGUUUUCUGCCAUUAAAGACAAAGUGUUUUCAUUCCUCAGAACAGCAGUUAUAGCAGCUCCACAUUUCUUUGAAGAGGAAUUUUAUGUUGGUCGUAUUCAUGGACUCUUGACAGAUUUCAUCAUACAUAUGCCACUUAAGGUAACAGAAUUGAGAAAUCUUGAAUUACUUAAACUUCUUGCUGAAUUGUAUGGUCAGGAUAAGCUUGGUUUGGAAUAUGGCCUUGAAUAUUGGUGUCCUGCAGAAUCUGCUAUUACAGAUACUCAUUUAGGAACAAGUGCUUUGCAUCAUCGUCCACCUCAGCGGCAGGUUGCUCUGUAUAAAUUCGUCCGUCUUGCUGGGGAUUUGUUACCUGCAUCUCUUUAUGUUCCAUAUAUCCAAUUGUUAAUUGGAUUGGCGAACAGCCCCCAGUGUGCUUGGCACUGCUUUAAUCUCCUCAAAAUGAAUGGCAUGAAUUCAGGCAAUUCAGCACACAUGGUAUCAUGGGACCAUAUUUUUAUUUCCUUAAACCAGUACUACACUAACUUGAGACGUGAAGUACCUUCGCAAACAUUUGGAGGGCAUCAUUCACAUGGAGGAAUCACUCCACAAGAGCAAGAAGCUCUUAUUGCAGUUUUACAGCUAACUGAGUGUAUUGCAAGCCAAAAUAAAGAAUGUCGUAUUGCCAUUUAUGAAAACCAACAGUGGAUGCCAACAACUGUGUUGUUUGGUUUGGCUGGCUGUAGUAUCCCAGCUGGGUUGAAAGCUCAGAUAUUGCUUACUCUUGCUGCUCUGGGCAAAAGUCCAGAAAUUGCUGCUAGUCUUUGGCAAAAUCUUGAAGCAUCACAGAUUGUUGCUACUGUUUCAAAUUCUGUUAGACAUCAGCAAGGAGGAAUACAAGUUGAAUUGGAAGAAGUAGAAAGUAGGAAUGAAGAGUAUACUUUAUCACGUGCCUUCCUAACAUUGAUCAACACCUUAAUUAAUAGUUCCAUUCCACAAGGUUUAGGAGCUGGAUACAGACCUCCAGGAUUUGGACCAUAUUUGGAUUUCAUUGUCGACAAUGUAUUGCUUAAAUGUUUAGCAAGAGCAUAUAAAAAUCCUGCAGAAAAGUGGAAAGUAGCUAUUGCAGCUUUGGAGAUUUUAUACAAGAUACUGUGUGAGCACAAAAUUCUGGCCAGUCAUUUUGUUGGUGAUACUCAGCUUGGUCAAGGUGAUGGAAGCUUUAUAGUCAGCAAACCCCCAGGACACAUAUUAAUGAUUCUCAUGCUUAAUGAUUCUGGACUUUUGCGUUUGAUUUUGCAAAUAUUGAAUGAUGCCCUCUUACAGUUUGCAGCAUAUAUUGAAUUUCCAGCUUCUGUCCAAUCGGAUUUGGUUGCACUUUUUACUACAAAUGAGGUCACACACAGAGAAUUAUUACAAGGAUUUGUUGAAUGUUUAGAAAAUGAAGAAGAAGAAGAAACAAAUCAAGCUGAAAAUCAAGAAAACUUAGGUGUGACAGGAAUUCCUUUUGAUUCCUGGCGUCAGGUUACAGAAGUACUUGUCACUACUUGCUCUCAUGAACUGCUUGAUAAAGAAAGCCAACAAACUCUUUUGUUUGAAUUGCUACAGGAUUUGCUGAUCAAGGUAGCAGACAAUGAUACACUGCAAGAACUAACUGCUCCAGUUGCUGGAGUUGUCCUUGUUGUGAUGGCUAACCUAAGGAGAUGCUUUAUGAUAGAAUCAUUGGUUGGUACUGAAGAGCUACAACAGAAUAGUUCCCAGUCAGCCAUUUGUGAUUCUAGGGCUGGUACACGAACCCUUUUCGCAACAUCUCUACAUAUUGUUCUGAAAGGGAUUCUUGAUUAUAUACAGAAGUCAUGUGGAAGCCAACAGAAAGUAAGAAUGUAUCUGUAUGGUUCACUUCUUUAUUACUUACAAAUUGCCCAAAAACCUACCUUACCUAAUUGGGUUUGUCCAGAAACAGAUGUGAUUGGUGUUAGUAAAGUCCUGGUAGAUUCUGAAGAAGGAGAAUUUGACAACCUUUCUAGAGAGAAUCUUUCAAUCAUUAUGUCCUAUUCAGAUAGUUUGUUGGAUAUCUUAUGUAAAGACACUUGUGAUGGACAUCAUGUUGGCAGACUUCUUUCAUUGUCAGUAUUGGAUUGCAUUCUGUCUUUGGAUAAAAGAAGUCAGUGCCUGAAUUUCAUGAUCUCUAAAGGUUAUUUACAACAUCUUAUUGACAGCAUACUAAGUGAUGAUCUACAUUUACAACAUUUGCUUGAUCCUUCAGUUGACUCACUUAAACAUCUAUACAGCUUUGAAGGACGUAUGACUUUUUUUAAUCGAGUGGCUUCUUCUCCAGCUGGAGCUUAUUCUUUGUUGCGUCAUGGACUUAUGAAACAUUUGGCCGAGUGUGAAGUGUUUUCAAUGAGACCAGAACAUGAAAGGGGACAAGCAGACAACAUCUUAUCACUAGAUGAAGACAUAGCACCUUCCCCAUUUGCCCGAUAUCGUCGUCUUCUCUUUGCAGUUCUUAAGUUAUGUUUGGCAAUUAUUUCUUCAGUUGGUGUGGAAAACAGCAAUAUAGCCAAAGAGGUAAUGUUUUUUUUGUUUUUUUGUUUUUUUUUUUCUUCUUCCACCCCACCAAUAUGA